AUGGCAGAAAACUCUAAUGCUUCUUCUUUUAAUCCAAUUGAUACAUCUACACAAAAAUCUAGUGGUAAACCAAAGUCAAUCUUUUGGUACAAAGGCUCUCCUGCUUCACUUGAAGCUCAUUUAGGUAACUCAUAUAAUAAAGCCCCACCAGAUUCACAACUUUCUGACUUCGUUGAAAGUACCAAGUUAACACCAGAUCGUAUUAAAGACAUAAUUAGAGCAUUAGUAAAGGCAUUUAUUGUUUGUGAGUUAUUAAAAACUUUAUGUCCAGCAUAUGAGCCACCAUCUAAAGAUAUUCUUUCUGGUCGCUAUUUGGCACAAGAAACAGCAUUUGUUAAUCAGGCAAUGAUUAAACAAUUGAAUAGUUCAAAAAAUAUGACUUUG